UCAAGAUUUCCUCCGUUUGUGCCUCUAGAGAAAAGUUGUUCAUUUUGCAGUUUGAGCCCUUCACUUGGACAAUUGAACAAACACAUAGGCUGCAGUUUCUGAAAGAUGCUUUGUACUCCAACCCGGCCCAGUAGAGACCAAGUCUUUCAACACCCAAGCUAACUAGCACAGCACUAUCAGUUUCGAACACUUUUGCUCUUCGGUUGUUGAUAGAACGCGCGCCAAAGAAAGGAAUACAAUUUGCUUUGAAGUGUCUCGAAAUGUUUGGAAUUUCAUAUGGAGAGCUCUUCCUUCUGAUUGGAGCCACUGCUGCUCUAGUCGGACCUAAGGAUCUGCCUAAAAUUGCAAGAGCAGCUGGGAGGUUAGCAGGUCGAUCAAUUGGAUAUGUUCAAUUAGCUCGGGGCCAAUUCGAUAAUGUUAUGCAGCAAUCUCAAGCUCGUCAGGUUCAUAAAGAGCUUCAAGAUACAAUGGCUCAACUAGAUGCGAUUCGGCAUGAAAUACGGAGCCUAUCUCUAGUGAAUCCCGGUCCUAUGACUAGAAGACUGAUGGAAAAUCCCCUAGAGCCUGCUUCUGAUAGUAAUGUUACAGUUCCACCCAAGCAAAGUGAAGAAGAGAACAAUUCGACUGAUACUGUGAACAAUUCAACUGAUUUGCGUAGCCAAGCGACUGCCUAUGCAAGAUUGGCUGAAUCUGCAGCUCUUAAAGCUGGUUCAGUGAGGAGCAAUGUAGAAGAGGAAAGUCUUAAAUAUGAAUUUGGUGAUUUCUCUGUUCUUCCUGUUUCAGCUGAAAGUGCUGGACUCCUUCCAGAUCGGAAAGAAGGUGCAAAAGGAUCGGACCGUGUGUUGGAAGCAAUAGUGGAGGCAGAGGUGGCUCGUAACGCCAAGGAGUUCUUUUCUCUGCCUCAAAAUCAAAUUCAGUAAAUAAGAAGGUUGAAAAGCUUAAAGAGGAGGUGCUAAGAGCAAGGAAUACUUUUCAAUGGACAUGUACCAGUCGUACCACGAAAACUAGCAGAAAGUUUUCCAAGUUGGAGCUGAACUUACUACAAUCUUGUUAAAAACUUAUUGAAUGGACUCACUAACUUUUCUCCGGUGAUUCGGAUUCAAAUGACGCUAUUUGUAAGGAGUGAAAAAGAUAAGAUCCAAGUGAGUGAUAGAUAGUGGGAGAGCGGGUGGGGUAGUCGUCCCCUAAAAAUUGUUCAUACAUAAUUGGUGUGUGUAAGAUGGUGUG